AUGUCGGCAGGGUCUUCGCGGGCCCAGCAAUCAGCACCCGCCACUGGUGGAGCACGCCGCAUGCGUUGGACAACUCAAAUGAACAGCAACGCAUUGCGGGCGUAUUUUAGGGCGGAAGGGGGAGAAAUUGGAGGUUUUGCGUAUUGGGCAAGGAUGCAUCGACUUUUUGCUGAGCUGGAGCCAUCUGUAACCGUCACCGAGCAAAACCUGGCAAACCGAGUUCGGUAUAUCUUGCGCUCAAAUACAUUUGAUGUCACCGAACUCGAACGGAUACGACGUGAGGCUGUUCUUUCAUCGGAUGAAAAUGCUACGGCUGAGGAUGCGGCGCCACAAUUUGCUGAGCAACCAGCAAACGUGGAUGCCGCCGCGAAUCCCCCGGUUUUGGUUGAUUCAAACGAUGAUGGAACAGUCGCCCAGGAACUGGAACUGGAGCAAAUGAGGAGUACAUUGGAUGAGGCAAUUUUGGAAACGCGCAGUACGCCUCUCGAAAAUCGACCGCGACUUCCCCGCAUAGCCCUCAGCAAGCGGAAUCGGGCUAUCGUGAGGGCUUUGAACCCAAUAAUGGAACCAGCUGCUCCCGUGGAAGAACCCCAAGAGGACCAAAAAUCUGCUGGGAGAGCCGAAACAAAUGAGUAUAGACCCGGUCAAGUUUUUUCUCUUAACGCGCAAGAGUUAUUAGAUCUUCAACCGGAAAGACAAGCACCCGUGGCGAGCAAUCAGCAGCUUCAACAGCUGUAUGAUAAUCCGCAGCCUGAACACAAGCAAAAUUUACAGCCUUUAUACUAUUACGAUCCACAACUUGCAGGACAGAUGUCUCUGCAACCAUCACAUGCAGUCAUCGCACGCCCUGAUUAUUCCUCUAACGGCGGAGAAGCAUCAGUAGGUGCUGCACUUUCUGUCAGUGACACUGGCAAUACUCCUUCUCAUUCUUUUGACCAAGAACUAUUGACUCUACUCGGCCAUUCAGCACGACAAGAAGAUCAACGACUUCAAGCAUACACGCAAACGCAGCAACCGUUGCAAGUCCUACCACAAAAUAUAGGACAACAAUACCAGCAGAUCGAAAACUAUUUAUCAAAACCUGGUAAGAAACCGACUAACCUAAGAUCAAAUGUUCCAACAGAAUCGUCAACAGCUCCUCAGCAAUAUUUAAUUGAAACCACUAACGUGCAACCACAGCAACAACCAUUACAGAACCAAUUCCAUUUCGCACAACCUCAACGUGCACCACAAACUCUACGUUACAUCCCGAUACAACCAGCUCAACCUGAUUUACAACAAACUUUGUACGAUCGCCCUGAAUCCCAAGGUCUAAAAAUUGUACCAGCUCCUAAUUUACAAAACCUACAGCCGCUUGCUCAAAAUAAUUACCCAUUUAUACCUCAAUAUCUGCAACCAGAAUUAGUUCCAAACCAGUACAGGUUUGUUGAUACACAAGGGCAACAAAUUCAAGCGAUUAGUCAAGAGCAGCCCCAAAUUGUGAUAGGAAAUAUUGAAAGACCAUUGACUUAUUUAAAACGUAUCCCAGAACAUGAAAAAGUACGCACAGUUAAAAUCUAUAAUCAAGCCGGUUCAGAAGGUUUAACUUUAGCGUCCCAACCUGUACAAAUUGGUGAACAGUUCUACCUUAGACCUUUACAUCGAUCAAAUGACCAAAGAGGAAGAUACGAAUUGUCACCGCAAGCUUUGAAAUCUGUGGAGCAAGCUAGAGCUAUUGGAUCAACAAAAGCUCCGCUUUCAACUAUAUAUGUCAACAAGAAAAUUUCUCCGAAAAAAGUUGUAAGACCCUCACAGAAAUCGGAACAGUCAGCAAGAGGCCAAUUUUUCAGAAUAGAACAAAAAUCUAAGAGGUUGGAGCAAAUAUCUGCAGAUCAACAGAGUAAAGCUUUCGAUGAACAACGUGCACGCUUGCCACCUCCAAGAAACAAUAAAGCCUACACGCCUGAAGAGUUUGCUGCUUUAGUUGCAGCAGGUUAUUCUGUGACUCCUGUUCCAGUCGGAAGUACCGAACAACAAGCACAAUCUAGAUCUUUUUUGGAGUCAAUUCAAAUUCCGCAACGCCGUCCAUUAUACAGUAAACGUCACCAAUAUCUUCCUUUGAGAUAUGAUGAGGCGCCUUAA